GGAAAUUAUACCAGGGAGUGUUCAAAACUUCUCGCAAUAACUUUUUGGAAGCUAAUGUCAUGAUUGAAGGCUUUGAUAAGCCCGUUCUCAUCCAAGGUCGUCUGAACAUCAAUCGUGCUCUACAUGAUGAUGUAGUGGCUGUUCAGAUUUUCCCCAAAGAACAAUGGUCAGCUCCAUCUGCAGUUGUUAUUGAUCAAGAAAAGCAGGAAGCAGAAACGGGUGGUAAUGAUGAUGAAAAGGCUGAUGAAGAAGCCAUGAAGAAGGAGCAAGAACUUUUAGCUGCUGGUAAAGGGGAUGGAGAAUGUCAACCAACAGGAUGUGUUGUUGGAGUUAUUCGUCGAAAGUGGCGUCAGUUUUGUGGCAUCAUUAGAAAGAAUGAAAUUACUGAUUCAACACGUCAUCUCUUCAUCCCAGCAGACAAAAAGAUCCCAUUUAUAAGGAUUGAGACAAGGCAGGCCGAGUCCCUGUACAACAAAAGACUAAUUGUAGCCAUAGAUUCUUGGCCAAGAAAUUCUCGGAACCCCAAGGUAAACUUCUGUUUUAUUUGUGUAUGGUUUUGUGACCAAGUCACGUACAUUAUCAAAUUGUAAUUACUUCAAUGUAAU